AUGGAUAAAUUUGACCUGAUUAAGAUCGUUGGGGAAGGCACCUAUGGGAAAGUGUACUUGGCAAAACAUAAGACGGAAAGCAAUCAGUGUGUCAUAAAAGAGAUCGAUUUUACAAAGGAAAAAGAAGCUUCAAAGAAAGAAGUGGUCCUUCUGGCUCAGAUGAGGCAUCCCAACAUUGUAACCUUCUUUGGUUCAUUUCAAGAGAAUAACAGGCUCUUUAUUGUAAUGGAAUACUGUGACGGAGGGGAUCUCCUGCAGAGGGUCCGGAGGCAGAGGGGAGUGUUGUUCAGUGAAGAUCAGAUCCUGUGCUGGUUCGUACAGAUUUCUCUAGGACUGAAGCACAUCCACGACAGGAAGAUACUACACAGGGACAUAAAAUCCCAGAACAUUUUUCUUAGCAAGAAUGGGAUGGUGGCAAAGCUUGGGGACUUUGGAACGGCAAGAACACUGAAUAAUUCCAUGGAACUUGCUCAAACAUGUGCAGGGACACCUUACUACCUGUCCCCAGAGAUUUGUCAGAACAGACCAUACAACAACAAAACGGAUAUUUGGUCUCUUGGAUGUGUCUUAUACGAGCUCUGCACACUCAAGCAUCCUUUUGAAAGUAACAACUUACACCAUCUUGUUCUGAAGAUUUGUCAAGGUCGUGUUGCUCCCAUAUCACCCCACUUUUCUCCUGACCUACAGUCCUUGAUACUUCAGCUCUUUAAAGUGUGUCCUCAGGAUCGACCAUCCAUUAAUUCUCUUUUGAAAAGGCCUUUUUUAGAAACUCAUAUUGCCCGACACUUCUCUCCUGAGGUCCAUUCAAGAAGAAUUCAGACCCAUGCUCACGUGCAGAAUUGUGGCUGGGGAGAUAGUCCAUGGUUUGCUGCAUUCCUUCAAAGGAGACUUGAAGCUCAGCAGUAUAAAUUACAAGUGGAAAGACAAUUGGGUCUUCGUCCAUCUUCUGCUGAGCCACAUCCCAACGAGAGAGAAAACUUACAAAGCCACAGAGAGGAGACUAAACUCCAGGAGCUUCGGUAUAGGAAGAACAAAAUGAAGGACCAGGAAUAUUGGAAACAGCUGGAGGAAAUCCGUCAACAGUACCACAGUGACAUGAAGGAGAUUAAUAAGAGGCUGGGGCAAGAGCUGAAGAGAGGAGUAAAGUUUGAAAUUAGCCUAGAUAAAUGUGUUUCUGAGGAUGACAACAUCCAAGAGAAUGAGGUAAUGGAUAAACUAAAUGACACUUUGAGCUUUGAAGAUGGCAUGAAGUUUCAGGAGUACAGACCUAUAAAGGAGCAUGAAGAUUACACAGACAGAGCCUUUGAAGAACUCUGUGGCCCAGAAACAGAGGGCUGCCGCUUUUCUGAUGUCGUCUCUGUGGAGAACAGGCGGCGGUGGGAUGCCCGAGCGCCUCAGACUCUGCUGCAAAUAAUGGCAACAGCAGAUGUCACCUCCACCUGCCCCACCAUGCCUGAUGAUGGCCACGUUGUUGUGAUGGAAGGUAGCCCAGAAAGUGGGAAGCAGUGGUGGUAUGUACCAGGGACCUCGAGUGCUUUGGCAGCAGCCCAUGCCUGCAGUAAUUCACUGUCAGCCAGGAAAGGAGGGCCUGGAAUGAUAAAACCACAGCUUCCUCAAGAAGACCAGGAAGAGGCAGAAAUAGCCUCUGAUAUUGUAGUGGAUGAUGAACAGCUGGAUCCAGGAUCCGAUGACGAUAUAAAAUGUGAAGAGUCUGAAGAUGAGUUGAGAAGUGAAAUGAUAGAAUCCCUAGAAAAACUUGCAACUUCCACAGAAGAAAGGGAAGAGGCUCCCGGCUGCUCUAAGAAUGCCGAAAAGCCAGGAGAGAAAGAAAGGCUAAACUCGGCAGCCAGAAACUCCAGUGACGGUCUGGAGUUUGACCUGUCUAAUCUGCAUUGCUAA